AUGAUCCUCCUGUGUGUAAAUAGGGCACUGCAGGAUGAAAAUGCUGAGCUGCACCAGAACCUGAUGCAAACAGUGGUCUGCAUUGAGAGCCUGGAGGCGGAGCUAGCCAGGGCCAGGGAGGAGCUAAGCCACAUGAAGGAGAAGUUCAAGAGGUCAGGGCUCAUGAUAAUAUGAUGACGGCAGUGGAGGCUGGCAGUGGAGGAGCUAUAGGAGGACGGGCAUACAACAUGGGCCCAGAAUUCAUAGCCAGACCCUUGUUUAUGAUGCUGUGUCUCUCUCUGCUGCAGGCUCCAGGACACAUACACAGGUACCCAGCACACCAACAGCCUGCUGGGGGAGAAACUGCACUCAGCGGUAAGAAUCUGGUCAAACAUGACAGACUGAGAGACAAAGACAAAGACAGAGAGAGAGACUGAGAGAGAGACAGAAAGAGACAGCGACUGAGAGACAGAGAGAGAGACAGACAGAGAGAGAGAGAGACAGACAGAGAGAGAGAGACUGAGAGAGAAAGAGAGACAGAGAGAGAGAGAGACAGAGAGACAGAGAGACAGAGAGAGACUGAGAGAUAGAGAGAGACUGAGAGACAGAAAGAGACAGAGAGAGAGAGACAGAGAGAGAGAGAGACAGAGAGAGACUGAGGAUAUCUUAUCUAGGUAACACUGUGGGCCCUGGCCAGGUAACACUGUGGGCCCUGGUCUAUAACUAGUCUGUCCAGGUCAGGUCAUAUGGUCGAGAAAGACUCCUGCCACUAUACAAACUCAUAUUCCCACCCAGGCAUAGAAACAUACACUGCUCUGAAUAUCCUUCUCCCGCUCCGUCACCUCUACAACACACAGUGUUGUGUUGACUUACAGUAGCUUGCAAAAGUAUUCACCCCCCUUGGCAUUUUUCCUAUUUUGUUGCCUUACAACCUGGAAUUAAAAUGGAUUUUUUGGGGGGGGGUUUGUAUCAUUUGAUUUACACAACAUGCCUACCACUUUGAAGAUGCAAAAUAUUUGUUCUUCUGAAACAAACAAGAAAUAAGACAAAAAAACUGAAAACUUGUGCGUGCAUGACUAUUCACCCCCCCCAAAGUCAAUACUUUGUAGAGCCACCUUUUGCAGCAAUUACAGCUGCAAGUCUCUUGGGGUAUGUCUCAAUAAGCUUGGCACAUCUAGCCACUGGGAUUUUUGCCCAUUCUUCAAGGCAAAACUGCUCCAGCUCCUUCAAGUGGGAUGGGUUCCGCUGGUGUACAGCAAUCUUUAAGCCAUACCACAGAUUCUCAAUUGGAUUGAGGUCUGGGCUUUGACUUGGCCAUUCCAAAGUGUUCGAAACCACUCGAGUGUUGCUUUAGCAGUAUGCUUAGGGUCAUUGUCCUGCUGGAAGGUGAAACUCUGUCCCAGUCUCAAAUCUCUGGAAGACUGAAACAGGUUUCCCUCAAGAAUUUCCCUGUAUUAAGCGCCAUCCAUCAUUCCUUCAAUUCUGACCAGUUUCCCAGUCCCUGCCGAUGAAAAACAUCCCCACAGCAUGAUGCUGCCACCACAUGCUUCACUGUGGGGAUGGUGUUCUCGGGGUGAUGGGUUUGCUCCAGACAUAGCUCAAAUUUAGUCUAAUCUGACCAGAGUACCUUCUUCCAUAUGUUUGGGGAGUCUCCCACAUGCCUUUUGGUGAACACCAAACGUGUUUGCUUAUUUUUUUCAUUAAGCAAUGGCUUUUUGCUGGCCACUCUUCCGUAAAGCCCAGCUCUGUGGAGUGUACGGCUUAAAGUGGUCCUAUGGACAGAUACUCCAAUCUCCGCUGUGGAGCUUUGCAGCUCCUUCAGGGUUAUCUUUGGUCUCUUUGUAGCCUCUCUGAUUAAUGCCCUCCUUGUCUGGUCUGUGAGUUUUGGUGGGCGGCCCUAUCUUGGCAGGUUUAUUGUAGUGCCAUAUUCUUUCCAUUUUUUUUAUAAUGGAUUUAAUGGUGCUCCGUGGGAUGUUCAAAGUUUCUGAUAUUUUUUUUAUAACCCAACCCUGAUCUGUACUUCUCCACAAAUUUGUCCCUGACCUGUUUGGAGAGCUCCUUGGUCUUCAUGGUGCCGCUUGCUUGGUGGUGCCCCUUGCUUAGUGGUGUUGCAGACUCUGGAGCCAUUCAGAACAGUUGUAUAUAUACUGAGAUCAUGUGACAGAUCAUGUGACACUUAGAUUGCACACAGGUGGACUUUAUUUAACUAAUUAUGUGACUUCUGAAGGUAAUUGGUUGCACCAGAUCUUAUUUAGGGGCUUCAUAGCAAAGGGGGGUGAAUACAUAUGCACGCACCACUUUUACGUUAUUUAUUUUUUGAAUUUUUUGAAAGAAGUUAUUUAGAAUUGUUUUUACUUCACCAAUUUGGACUAUUUUGUCCAUUACAUGAAAUCCAAAUAAAAAUCCAUUUAAAUUACAGGUUGUAAUGCAACAAAAAAGGAAAAACGCCAAGGAGGAUGAAUACUUUUGCAAGGCACUGUAUGUCCUCUGCUCUGUUCUGUCCUUAAAGACUGAGAGCACAAUUAGUACUACUGCUAUACCAUCUCUAGAACAAACUGUACUGAAUAUGUUGAGUCAUGUCCUCUGCUCUAUCCCUGCAGACCGAGAGCCUUAGCUCUGAGAGGAAAUAUAUGGUGCAGCGUAUCACCCAUCUCAGCACAGAGCUGGAGCAGGCCAACGCCACCGUCGCCACUCUGGAGAACAUCAAUGUGAGCACAGCACCAUCUACUGAGCAAUAUAUGAACUAAAACCCACACUAGCUUUGUUCAUGUACUGGCAACAGAAAGAGUGGUGGAAAGACAAUAUGAUGAUUUGUAAAGUUGAUAGUGGCCUUACAUUAAAAUACUGUAUCCAUAAUCUCCUCAACUCGUGUUCAGCUCAUUGCAGACUACAUGAUCAUUUCUUGUAACUCCUCUACUGGUUUCUCUAUGUCUGUUGUACUGUAUGAACUGAGAGGAUGUCUGUGCUGCCCUCCAGGUUCCCUGUCUGAUCAAGGAGCACCUAGAAAAGCACUUUGACUCUGGAGACGCUGUCAAGCAGUUUCUGAAGAACGCCUUGAAAACCGGCCAAUCUACGGGCGACAUCGAAUCAUUCACUCCAAAACUGGAGCAGAAGCCGUCUGAUUGGCCAGGCGUAGGACUGAGGGAGUUUGAGGCGGGUCCACAAAAGGUCACUGCUUUUAUGCCCUGCAAGCAGGAGAAGGAGGGGUUUGGGGUGAUAGGUCAGACAGGAAAUGAGGAUUCUCGCCCGAUGAGUCCCCCUUUCUCCGUCGCUGACAUCAGUAUGGCUAUCUAUAAGAAGAUAGCUGCCAGCCAAGCGGCAAGACAGCCUCGGCCUUCCAACUACCAACUUCACACUGACACCCCUCCCAACCCCUACCCUCUGGUGGAGUUGGGUGCAGGGGGUGCAGGAGGUGCAGGGGGGGAGGGUUACCUUGUGCCUUCUGUCAAGGGGGGCGUGGCAGAGGCAGGGAGAGCAGCUGAGAGUAAGCAGGGUGCUGUUGUUGAUGUGUCCUAUCUGACGGCCCAGAGGGUUCUGGAUGACUUCCUGCACCAGCUGACGCACCCAGAGGAUGGGAGUGGAGGUGGGGGGGAGGGAGGGGGCACAAGGCCAACAUGGGAGGGGGAAGAACUGACGAGAGGGGGGCGGAGUGAAAGGAACCUAUGAACUUCUGUAAUUGUAACCUAAUCUUGUAUAGGCUAGGAUUGUUCAAAUUGUAUUGGUUUCUUUGUGAUGGUUUGUUUGUGAUGGUUUGUUUGUGAUGUUUGAGGCCUGUAGUUCUGCAUUUAUUUCACUCACUAAAUGUCACUAUACAUUUGAGUGAUGGUAUUGUAAAUAUUACAUUCUGUUUCCUUCCCAAAUGUCUUGUUGUGCGGUGGUAAAGAAAGUAUUAGACUUAAACAAUUAUUUUACGUAUAUAUAGAAUGUAAUUAUUAAUUCAAGUUUGCAAUGUGGUACAGAGUCCCUCCUUUCCCUUAUGAAGUGAUGCAGAAUUGAAAUAGUUUUUUUGUCGUAGAAUUUUCUAUUUUGUAACAAUGACUGCUAUUUUGUAAGCUCCAGUAAGCCAAUGAAGUAACCUUCAUAUCUGAAUAACAUCGAUCCAGCUGCUAUUAACAGAUUACCCCAUGUGUUUUGGGCUAUUAUGUCACAUUACCUAGAUUUUAACCUUUAUUUGAAACCUUAUCCAGAGAUGUGAAUUACACCAGAAAAUAAAGCAGUUGUCUGAGGAUGGAGCUGGACCAUCUGACAUGAAAAGAAAAGGGGACAGUUUGAUGAAAAAGCUUUAAAUAAAGGUUCAAAUCCAGGUCUUGUGACAUGAUUGUCCAAAACACAGGGCCUUACUUAUGAAUGCUAUGCUGUCCAUCCUAAUAAACUCUCUUAGCUAAAACUGUAUAACGUUUCUGUCACCCCCCCCCCAAAUACGUUUCAUGUUGUAGAUCAAUAAAAUGACUAAUUCUAAACAUAUCUGACAAGGUUUCUUGAUUUGUCUUUCCCAAACAUUACCCACUUCCUAUGUUAAGCCAUCACUCUCUCUCCUAUUCUAACCUAUACUGAACAUGGGGUGCAGCCAUGGGAAUGAGUUUUUCCCUACAGAAGGGCUUUAUUACAGACAGAAAUACUCUCCUCAGCAUGGAUGUCCUGGGCUGGCGUGGUUACAUGUGGUCUGCGGUUAUGAGGCCGGUUGGACGUACUGCCAAAUUCUCUAGACGUUUUAGAGGCAGCUUAUGGUAGAUAAAUAAACAUUCAAUUAUCUGGCAACAGCUCUGGUGGACAUUCCUGCAGUCAGCAUGCCAAUUGCACGCUCCCUCAAAACUUUAGACAUCUGUGGCAUUGUGUUGCCCUGCCCCCCUGUCUACCGGUCUACCUGUCUAUCUGUCUAUCUGUCUAUCUGUCUACCUGUCUAUCUGUCUAUCUGUCUAUCUGUCUAUCUGUCUAUCUGUCUACCUGUCUACCUGUCUAUCUGUCUAUCUGUCUAUCUGUCUACCUGUCUACCUGUCUAUCUGUCUAUCUGUCUACCUGUCUAUCUGUCUAUCUGUCUACCUGUCUACCUGUCUACCUGUCUAUCUGUCUACCUGUCUAUCUGUCUGUCUAUCUACCUGUCUAUCUAUCUGUCUACCUGUCUAUCUGUCUAUCUGUCUAUCUGUCUAUCUGUCUAUCUGUCUACCUGUCUAUCUGUCUGUCUAUCUGUCUAUCUACCUGUCUAUCUAUCUGUCUACCUGUCUAUCUGUCUAUCUGUCUAUCUGUCUAUCUGUCUAUCUGUCUACCUGUCUAUCUGUCUAUCUGUCUAUCUGUCUACCUGUCUACCUGUCUAUCUGUCUAUCUGUCUGUCUAUCUGUCUAUCUACCUGUCUAUCUGUCUACCUGUCUAUCUGUCUACCGGUCUAUCUGUCUAUCUGUCUAUCUGUCUAUCUGUCUAUCUGUCUAUCUGUCUAUCUGUCUACCUGUCUAUCUGUCUACCUGUCUAUCUGUCUACCGGUCUAUCUGUCUAUCUGUCUAUCUGUCUAUCUGUCUAUCUGUCUAUCUGUCUACCUGUCUACCUGUCUACCUGUCUACCUGUCUAUCUGUCUAUCUGUCUAUCUGUCUACCUGUCUACCUGUCUACCUGUCUACCGGUCUAUCUGUCUAUCUGUCUAUCUGUCUAUCUGUCUAUCUGUCUACCUGUCUACCUGUCUACCUGUCUAUCUGUCUAUCUGUCUACCUGUCUACCUGUCUACCUGUCUAUCUGUCUAUCUGUCUAUCUGUCUACCUGUCUACCUGUCUAUCUGUCUAUCUGUCAUAACCGUCAAAUCCAACCUGUAGGCCCAGUGCUGGUUUGCUGAUCAGACACUGGCCUGCUUUCCCAUUGGUGCUCCUGUCCUAAUAGGAUCCCAGGGACUAUGAUGGGGGGAUUACCAUAUCCAUACUGUACCCUCGACAUUGGCCAGUCCGUGUCCUCCACCAUGGGCACAGCAGGAAUUUAGGGGUGCACCUUGACCACUCACAGACCACACCAGAGGGGUUCCAUCCAAAACAAACGGGUGUUGUCAUCGUCAGUAAUUGUGUGAAUCGAAGAGUCACUGUCGUGGUGCAACCAUAACCUGAUGAUUUGAAGGAUCAUAGUUUUGCUGUCAAAAAAGGACGUGGAUGAUCAAAUAUCUAUUAGAUUAAUUAUUUUCUUGGCCUUCAGUUUUUGUCUCACGACUUCAAUUGGAUUACUACGGAGAUUUCUAA